AUGUCCAACCUACGUCAAAGCCGUCGGCAGCAACAUCUGACCCCUGAACGUCGAGAGGAAGACGAUAUAGACCGUCGAGGAACUAAGCGCCGCCAGUCUUUCACGGGCUAUACCGACCACCGAGCUGAGAAAGAACGGAUGGAACCACAGGAUGGAGCGGUUCAUAGCCAAGCAGCGGCUACCGAUAGACAGGCAUCCAAGACACCCAGGGGUGCUAUCAGCCUAACGCAGGAAGACGUUGUAAUUAACGACGAAGCCAAGGGAGAUUCCGACCGGCGUGCGGACAGGGAGCAGUUCAUUACUAGUGAACAGCGCAGGCGUGACCGCCGUCGUUCCAACAUCAAGGGUGGUACGGCGCGGGGCCAGUCGUCGACACAGAAGCUAACCGAGCGUAUGGCCCAACAACAGUCGGUCUUAGAGAAAUACGAACAGAGGUUGCAGCAUACAUCGUCCGAACUUCCCACGACCUUGCUGUACGCAAACGAAGCGUCGACUAGUCCACACAAACGGGAGCGUAUGGCACAAGGUAGGGAGGACAAUCCCAAGUUUAGGAUCCAAGGCCCUUCACAACAACACCAUGGCCUCGGGUACAAAUCAUCUGGGUCAGCAGGUCAACUCUCCGAGGAGGAAGAUACUUUGUCGUCUCUAGAGGAGGAUCUGUCAUUUCAAGAAUUCGCACGUGAUCAAGUGUUGGUCAAGUAA